GCAUAUAAGACGCGCUGCGCAACGGCAACAGUAGAUCGGCAACACGUCCAGCAACACGUCGCCCUACAGGAAGAGACACACAUUAAAACCCCACAGAAGGGACUAUUUCCUCCUUCUUCUUCUUUUUGUUUUUAAAGAUUCGAUUAACUCCAACGACAUCGAGGUGAGGAUGCCCUUUCUCGGACAGGACUGGAGGUCACCGGGUCAGAGUUGGGUCAAGACCCAAGAGGGAUGGAAAAAGACAACGGCCAACGACUCGAACAACAACGUCUCCGUGGAGAGCUUCUGCAAGGCCGAGCAGGAAUGUUUCAACAAGGAGAACUUGCUGCUGUCGCUCAGCUACGACAUGGCUGCCAAGAAGAGGAAGAAAGACCUCAUGAACAACAACGCCAAGGUCCCCUAUUUCCACAGGGAAAAGUGGAUUUAUGUUCAUAAAGGAAGCACCAAGGAGCGCCACGGAUAUUGUACACUCGGAGAGGCCUUCAACCGCUUGGAUUUCUGCAGCGCCAUCAAGGAUACGAGGAGAUUUAAUUACAUCGUCAGACUUCUGGAGCUUAUCGCCAAGUCCCAGCUCCCCUCGCUCAGCGGAGUGGCGCAGAAGAAUUACAUGAAUAUUCUGGAGAGAGUGGUACAGAAAGUCCUCGACGACCAGCAGAACGUCCGUCCGAUCAAAGAGCUGCUGCAGACGCUCUACCUCUCGCUCUGUGGCCUGGUUCAGGACAUGGGCAAGUCCGUCCUGGUGGGGAACAUCAACACCUGGCUGCGCCGCAUGGAGAACAUCCUGCAGUGGCAGCAGCAGCUGGACAACAUCCAGAUCAACAGGCCUGCAUCCACAGGCAUGACUCUGACCGACCUGCCUGCCAGCCUGCAGCUCAACAUCAUGCAGAGUAUGACGGACGGCAAGGACCUAGUCAGCCUGGGCCAAGUGUGUCCCGAGCUGGGGGCCCUCACGGAGGACCGGCUCCUGUGGAAGAGACUGUGCCAGUACCACUUCACAGACAGACAGAUCCGAAAGCGCCUGAUGAUGUCAGAUAAAGGCCUCCUGGAGUGGAAGAAGAUGUACUUCAAGCUGAGCCGCUGCUACCCGCACAGAGAACAAUACAGUGACACCCUGCACUUCUGCACACACUGCCACAUCCUGUUCUGGAAGGACACAAACCAUCCCUGCACAGCCAACAACCCAGAGAGCUGCACCAUGUCCCUCUCCCCUCAAGACUUUAUCGACCUUUUUAAAUUCUGAUCCCCCCCCCCCCCCAAAUCCAGAUGAACUGGCUGUACAUACUGUACAUUUAUUGUUUUUGUUAUACGGCACAAUCAAUUCCUGGAUGUAUAUUUAGUAGAGGCAUGAGGGCUCAUGCAUUCGAGUUUCUUUUGGAAGAGCACAAAGGCUGCGGGGGCGGGGUUUACUGUUGAGAGCGAGUGAAUGUGACGGAGAGAAAAAGAGAUGUAGGAUCAGUCGUCUUGAUGAUGGAUGAGAGGAGAGGAGAGGAGAGCAGAGGAAGAGGGGGAACACUCAGCUGUCAGGGGUUUAGUCUUAGUUUAAUGUGGUUUUUGGAAAGAGGCCUCCAAAUGAACACACACCUCUUGACCGUAGCUGUGUACACUUGUUUUUUUUCCCCCCAAUUUGGAGGAUUUUAUUUUAUUCUUGUCGAUUCUUGUUAAUUGUUCUUUUGGGGAAGUAGUAAGAGUAUGUGUGAUUUGUUUAAAAUUGUCACUUUGUUCAGUGUGACAGGAAAAGCCUGCUCACGGGCUAAUGGGAUGCGUUUGCAGUAAUAUUGUUUGGCACUGGGAGGGGAGAGGAGUUAAUCUUGAAUUUUUUCACAAGAGAUUAUGAAUGUAAGGAAAGGAAGUCUGUAAUGAAUCAUUAGACCGAGUGGUUAUUCUUUGAUAUGUUACCACGCCACGUUAUCUUUUUCUAUUUCCUUUUUUUCUUUUUCACUUUUAUAUGGAUUUGAUAUGGUUUUCUUUUUUAUCAUUGUGUGUUCUUUUUUUUUGUCGUGGCUGCUAUAGCAACAGCACCUGAGUGCAGUAUUACCAAAGAUUGUAUUCAAAGUAAAUAUUACAGUGGUGUGUUCCUUAUCGUAAAAAAACUUGAAAAUCGGUACAGCUUAAUCCUCGUUUGCAAAUGAUUUCCGACCUUUUUUUAUCAUCAUCAUCACCAAAUGUCUCAUUUAUAGAAAAGUGGUAUUUAAGAUCUGAGGCUCUGAUACCAACGUUGCCCGUCUGGAUCGUCGUAUUUUUCUGUAGCCUUCUGCAUGAUAUAUUUUUUCAAGCACACAGCUGAUUGUGUUUUAUGUUUUUAUUUAUUGAGAUUCUGGCAACUGGCUUAUUUUGCACUACUGGGUUUGAAGGAACGACAAGUUUCCUCUUGUCACUGCUCAACGAUAGGGGGGCUGUUCGUGCAAUGCAAAAGUAUUUUGUUUCUGUUUUUCUGUCGUGUAAAUAAAAGAAAACAACCUUUA